UUUAAAGAGUGUCCGGGUGCGGAGACAGGCACAUAUCCACCCCCUCCAGGAAUACCCGUAUUUCAAAACAUAAUAAGAAUAACCCAAUAAAGGUACAAUCUUUACCUCUCAAUCCGAAAUUUAUUUCCUGUACAUUUGUGUUUUCGAUCGAAGUCUGGAUCUCUGAGGCGUUUAGCUGUUUUUUUCUUGUAAUUUGCUGGAAAGGUUGAAUCAUUUGACUGCCUUUUGUUUAGACUAUUUGAUUCUGCAUUUUGAAUUUUGAAUUUUGAAUUUCUAUUUCCAAUGCUGCAUAGGUUGAUUUGAUUAUAAUUUUAAUAGAGUUGGAUCUACGGAUCUGAAAUUUGUAGAUCCCAACUCUGGAAACUGCUCAAGCAUUACUUUUGAUAUAUUCCUAAUAUAUACAAGUCUGAUCCUUUUUGGACUCUGAUUGGGAAGCAAAACAUGCCCCAAGUGUUCGAUUAGGGAUUGAGAAUGACAUGUUGGAUAUAUCAUAUAUCACCCAGGCUACAAUUUCUAUGUAAAAGUUUUAACUUUUCUCUGUUCUUUGAUUCUUUUAUGGGGUCGAUCAUGGAAAUGUUUUACCACAUGAAUGCUUGCUUCAAGAUCAAAAGUGAUUGCUUGGAUUACCCUGUAUAUCUUUGUGCGAAAAUGUGAUUUAAGAUGUAAUUAAAAUGAAUAUCUUAAUUUAUAACAGCUGUGGGAUUCAUGAAGAUGGAAUGCAAUACAACUUAGAAUAUAAGUAAUGCUAAAGUCGGUUUUUAUCGAGUGAUCUGUGAAGCUGUAUUUAAGCAUUUGAUGUCAUUUUAGGAGUAUGCUACACAUAGGAUACAUCUGGCCUCUAUGUGUGCAUUAACGAGCUCUUUUUUCUUCUCAGAAAAUUAAAAGAUGGCCGAAGGUGAGGAUAUCCAGCCUCUUGUCUGUGACAAUGGAACCGGAAUGGUCAAGGCUGGAUUUGCUGGAGAUGAUGCUCCACGAGCUGUCUUCCCUAGCAUUGUUGGACGCCCCCGUCACACUGGGGUGAUGGUUGGUAUGGGUCAGAAGGAUGCUUACGUUGGAGAUGAGGCCCAAUCAAAGAGAGGUAUUUUGACUCUGAAGUACCCUAUUGAGCACGGGAUCGUCAGCAAUUGGGAUGACAUGGAGAAAAUAUGGCAUCACACCUUUUACAAUGAACUUCGUGUGGCUCCAGAGGAGCACCCAGUACUCCUCACAGAAGCUCCUCUUAACCCUAAGGCUAAUCGUGAGAAAAUGACGCAAAUCAUGUUUGAAACAUUCAAUGCCCCGGCCAUGUACGUUGCCAUUCAGGCAGUCCUUUCCCUCUAUGCCAGUGGUCGUACUACCGGAAUCGUUCUGGAUUCUGGAGAUGGUGUCAGCCACACAGUCCCCAUAUAUGAAGGGUAUGCCCUUCCACAUGCAAUCUUGCGUCUUGAUUUAGCAGGGCGUGAUCUCACUGACCAUCUCAUGAAGAUACUGACUGAGAGAGGAUACUCUUUCACCACUACUGCUGAACGAGAAAUCGUGAGGGAUGUGAAAGAGAAACUGGCCUACAUUGCUCUUGACUAUGAACAGGAGCUAGAAACCUCAAAGACUAGCUCAUCUGUGGAGAAGAGCUACGAGCUGCCUGAUGGGCAGGUGAUCACUAUUGGGGCAGAGCGGUUCCGCUGCCCGGAGGUUCUGUUCCAGCCGUCAAUUAUCGGGAUGGAAGCCGCCGGAAUUCACGAGACUACGUACAACUCCAUCAUGAAGUGCGACGUUGAUAUUAGGAAGGACCUAUACGGUAAUAUUGUUCUGAGUGGUGGGACCACCAUGUUUCCAGGUAUUGCUGACAGGAUGAGCAAAGAGAUCACGGCAUUGGCUCCGAGUAGUAUGAAGAUCAAGGUUGUUGCCCCGCCUGAGAGGAAGUACAGUGUUUGGAUUGGAGGUUCUAUUUUGGCCUCCCUCAGUACAUUCCAGCAGAUGUGGAUAUCAAAGACGGAGUAUGAUGAAUCUGGCCCUUCAAUUGUUCACCGAAAAUGCUUUUAAAUUUCAGCCAGCAUUCUGGAUGGGUAGAAGACCACUAGAGAUUUGUCGUGGAAACAUUUUAUUGUCAAGUGAUUGCAAUAACUCUGCUUCUCCAUUGUUUUUCUUUGUUGUUUCUCCUUUUUUUAACUUGUUAUUUUGUUUCCGUGUCCUUAUUAUAUACUAUUAUAUAUUUUUCCUUGUUUUUGAGAUCUUCAUCAAGUCAAUAUUUGAUAAGGCGGACAUGGGAGCAAGUUUGUUCAUCCCAAAGAUUCAUUGUUGUUAUUAUCGUUAGUAUUGUUAUUAUUUAAAUACUUUAUAUUGGUAUUACCAUGUAAGGCUGUAAGCAUUUCAAAUUAUAUACUAAUACUAUUUGUGAUUUGGGAUGUCAUUUUUAGCAAGUCAACAAGGUUGAUUGGUUAAUUCAUGUAAUUCAGUAGCAGUGCAAUUUUUAGUUCGGCGUACAUUUUUCCAUUCUUUAUGUUCUCUUUCUUCGCAUUCUAUCAACAAUUUUUCAACUAUUUAGUUUUUGGUA